UGUUGUAAAUAUUACAUUCGACGUUUUAUUAACACAUUCCCUUACUAUACAAAAAUAUAUAUCAUAAAAAUACGUUAAUCAAUCAAGUGUGAAUAUGCAUGGAUCGUGUUUUUUCGUACAAAACAGAAUCACCAUAUAUGCAUUAUUCAGAACUUUGUUUAUUUUAAUGACCUUGAUAAAAUGUCCGAACAACCGUGUUUACACGUGUUAUAUUGCCAACAAAUUUUAUGUGCAGGUUAUUAUACUAAUGACGCCACCAAUUACGCGUAUGUGACUAUAAAAUUAUUCAGGAUUGGCAUUGAAUUAUUCAGGACUUUGUAACACACAUCAAGAUCAUUGAAAUCGGUUAAGCGUAUUACUCUACAUAAACACCAUGCGUAUUUAAUCUGAUAAGGAAAUACUGAUCGGUUACGAAUAAGACGUUUAUAAGGUUAUUGUUUUUAAUCGGGAUUAAAGUAGUUUAUACGUGCCAAUUGGUUGCUUACCUAACAUCACUUCGUUAACGGUUAAAAGAACACCAAAGCGUGCACAGUGUUCGUGACGAUUGUUUAAACAUAAAAAUAUUCCUUCGACGGAAACGGCGGGUCCUUCGAACGAGUAUAAUUUUGAAUUUUCUUUGUUGUUGGAUUUGUGUUGGAUGAAUUAGACCCAGAUCGAGUAAACCGGUUGCUUCUGUCUCGACUCUCGACAGUUAGUCGUUGGUCACGACCGACACUCGAUCGUGACGUUCUCUUCCUUCGGCUAUAUUUAUUCGCCCGUGUUCUUUCGUUCUUUUUAAAAAUAUUCCGAUCGUGCAAAAAAUUUAGAUUCACCGAUUGGAACGUGCGUUUCGAUGUAUUUCGCACGCAUUCUUCGACGUAUUUUCACAAUCGCUAGUCGCGGUGUCAUCUUUCGCGUCGAAGGAACACGUUCGAUUGCUUGAUCGAUGUUUUUUAUUUCGUGAUGCGAACUCGUGCACCGACAUCUUCAAUAUUUUGUUCUCGCGAUGCGAACUGUGCGCGCAUAAAGGACCAACGACAAUUUUAAUGAACUGUUUUUAUUAAACUGUUAUAUGUGAUCAUAAAUGCUAGUUUGAAAAGUUAAAAAAUAAAUUGGCUUGUAUUUUGUAAAUCUCGCCGCAAAGCUGUUUGUGUUGUGCAUCGCAUCUUGUUUAAUCUUGCCGGGGCUAGAAUGUUGGAAACAGCGGAGAGAGGAUACUUUCAUUGGGCAGAUUGGCUGGUGUUCGCGCUGAUGCUCGCCGUAUCUGCCGCCGCAGGAUUAUGGCAUUACAGGAGAGCGCAGAAGUCGAGCACGGAAGAUUAUCUUCUAGGAGGAAAGAGUAUGGGCCUCUUUCCAGUCUCCGCCUCCCUCGUUGCGAGUUUUAUAUCCGGAGUAACGAUCCUCGGCACACCAGCCGAAAUCUACAACUUCGGAACCCAGUACUGGAUCACGAUCAUCUCCAUAUUCUUUUCCGGAUUGGUAGUAGCCACCGUGUACGCUCCAGUUUUCGUUUCCCUAGGAUUGAAUUCCGUUUACGAGUACUUGGAAAUAAGAUUCAAUCGUGGCGUAAGAACUCUCAUAUCGUUGAUCUUCGUUAUUGACGUGGUGCUUUACCAAUCGAUCGUGGUCUACGUUCCGGCGUUAGCGUUAAAUCAAGUGAGUGGCAUCGAUGUGCAUUUGAUCGGGAUCAUUGUAUGCUGCGUGUGCGUAUUUUACACCGUUUUGGGUGGCAUCAGAGCAGUGGUGUGGACAGACGCUCUUCAGGUUGGAGUGAUGGUUGCGGGCGUGUUAACAGUUAGCGUGUUAGGCACCUAUCAGAUUGGUGCUACAGAAAUAUGGAAAAGAGCUCAAGACGUCAACAGAAUUGAAUUCUUAAACUUCGAUCCAUCUCCAUACACGAGACACACGGUGUGGACAGUGUUGAUUGGAUCGUGGCUAUACAGCACUGCUUAUAUCGCCGUGAAUCAAACCAUGGUGCAACGAUACAGGGCACUGAAAGAUCUCAAAACGUCCAAAGUGUCGCUGGCGAUAUUUACUAUCAGUAUUAUGUUGUUCAUUUCCCUGUGCUGCUGGUGUGGCCUGGUUCUCAUAGCAUGGUGGUCUCCGCCGAAAUGUGACCCCAGAGCUUCUGGUUUGAUCACUGCAGACGAUCAAUUGUUACCCGCUUAUGUCAUGGAAAUAGCGGGCCAGUUGCAUGGGGUGCCAGGGCUCUUUGUUGCAGGAAUUUUUGGAGCGGCCCUCAGCACCCUGUCAGUGGGAUUCAAUUCAACAUCCGUAGUGGUUCUCGAAGAUUUCGUCAAAGGUUUAUUCGGCAUGCAACUGUCCAAUCGAUGUUCCACCAUUUUUGUCAAGUCACUGGUUGUCCUGCUCGGUCUGAUAGCUAUGGGCUUGAUGAUCUUGGUCGAGAAAUUAGGAGGAGUUUUAGUCAUAACUGGAAGUCUAGCUGCAAUUGCUGCAGGUACCUCUUUCGGAGUGUUUACGUUAGGUAUACUUGUCCCGUGGACAAACUCAAAGGGUGCGUUUAUGGGGGCUAUUGUAGGCUUCGUAAUUGCCGGAUGGGCGAGCUUAGGUGCAAAUUGGUCGAUCGGAGCUGGGCUUCUGGUCGCUAAGAAACUUCCGGUGCCCAUCUCUCACUGUCCAGGAAACAUAUCCGAAAGUUUCCAGAAACAGUUCGAGCAUCCUAACGAAGACGACGUGUUUCCUCUUUAUCGAUUAUCUUACCACUGGUUCACCGGUUUAGGCACGAUAAUUGUAAUGGUUGUGGGUAGCUUCAUCAGCUGGUGGACUGGACCCACAGAUCCUGCUUCGAUAGAUAAAAGACUUCUUUCUCCUUUAAUUCACUCAUUAUUACCGAAACCGAAAGAUCUAACCGGUGUCACAGAAACUGCAACACCCGCUUUACAGACAACAGCAAACUUGUUAUUGUCUGAUUUAAAAGAAAAACGAAGACGUGAAAAAUUCCCAAAUGGUCUAACAACGUAGGCAGCCUAUGUACAAACCACUGUUUAGGGUAAAAUGCUGUUUCGACGGUUCAAAUUUUAUUCUCAAGAUUGUACAUAUCCAGUGAUACUCAUAGACAAUUGUUUACUUUUCUAUUCUCCUGUAAUAUUUGAGGGUAGAUAUACCAUGACAGACAACGAUUCAUGUCCUAUAUCACUCAGUUGUGGACCGACUGACAGUGAUUCCAGGUAGUUCAAUUUAUAAACAAAGAUUGUGACAUUUUUAAUGCACUAGUGUAUUAGAACAGUUCAGUAUUUUAUUAUGCAAUUUGUAGAUCAAAUAGAGAGCAAUAAAUAUUUUUUAUUAAAUUUUA